GGCAGCUUUUUCUGCUCCAUCAUUAACACACGCUUCUGGAACAGCGCUGGUGGCGUGUAACACCGAGCGAGCCAUCACACUGACCUUUCAUCUGGACGAUUUCAUCUGGAAACCAUCCAUUUUGGCGGAGAGCAGCGAGCAUGAAACAGAGCUCCGCUGUUUGGAUCCCUCUGCUGCGAAGCUAAAACCUUCCACCCACUUUUUCAUCAUGUCUCCAGUUUUCUCAUCUCCCAAAUACAUGACUGGCUCAACUCUACUCAGCUCAUUCCGCCCAUAUGACCCCUACGAUCCUUAUGGUCCCUGUAACCCUUACGACCACAGCCAUACUUUUAUCUCUCAAGGUCAUCCUCAGCCCUCAAGAUACUCACCCUCCACAUCACGCUAUUUUUUCCCUAGUUCAUGUCCAGCCCAGGUAGCCCUCUCCCUCCCUAACGAGCGAGGGCGAGCUGUGCCCCGUGCUAACCCCCAUGAAACCUUCCGUAGCGAGAGCUCAGGCCGCAUGCAGGCUAAAGGUCAAAUCCCUCGGUCAAAUGAGAUACGACGUCGGUCACCAUCGCAGGGCUGGCACCGCACAGUGAACCAGUUGGACCUGGCACAGGAACUAGCAAUGGUGGAGCUGUGUGGGCAUGGCGAGGGCGGGAAAGGACCAUUAAGGGCGGUUUCUUUUGGGGAGAAUACCAGUCGGUCAUGCGGCAGCUGCUCAGGGCCGUUCUACUGGAGCUCAGAGAACUCCAAGAACGCUCAGGGACUCGUAGGCCUAAGGAACCUGGGGAACACGUGCUUCAUGAACUCCAUUCUGCAGUGUCUGAGUAACACACACGACCUGCGUGACUACUGCCUGCGCAACACACACCGGACCGACCUCAACAACAACUGCAGGGCCAAGGCGGCUCUAAUGGAGGAGUUUGCCAAACUCACUCAGACACUGUGGACAUCAGCGAGCCACGAAGCAAUCAGCCCCUCUGACUUCAAGACUCAGAUUCAGAAGUACGCUCCACGCUUCAUGGGCUACAAUCAGCAGGAUGCUCAGGAGUUCCUGCGCUUCCUCCUGGAUGGGUUGCAUAACGAAGUGAACCGAGGCUCCCUUAGGCCCAGAGUGUCCAUGGAGGACUUCGACCACCUCUCGGAUGAUGAGAAAGCCAAGAGAAUGUGGAACAAGUACCUGGAGAGAGAAGACAGCAAAGUAGUUGAUCUGUUUGUUGGCCAGUUGAAGAGUUCACUGACCUGCAGCGAGUGUGGCUUCUGCUCCACUGUAUUCGAUCCGUUCUGGGAUCUGUCACUACCUAUUGCCAAGAGCUCUGGAGAGGUGAUGCUCAUUGACUGCCUUCGGCUUUUCACUAAGGAAGACGUACUGGAUGGGAAUGAGAAACCUACAUGCCAAAGGUGUAAAGCCAGACGGAAAUGCACAAAGAAAUUCACCAUCCAGAAGUUCCCCAAAAUCCUAGUGCUUCAUCUCAAGCGAUUCUCUGAGGCUCGCCUGAAAACCGCCAAACUCUCCACUUUCGUCAACUUUCCCAUCAAAGAGCUGGACCUGUGCGAGUUUGCGUCAGACAACAGCAUGCAUGCCGUCUACAACCUGUAUGCGGUGUCUAAUCACACAGGCACCACACUGGGUGGCCAUUACACAGCAUACUGCCGCAACCCGUCCACAGGAGAGUGGUACUCGUACAACGACUCCAGGGUGAGCCCCAUGUCCUCCAGCCAAGUGCGCAGCAGCGAUGCCUACGUGCUGUUCUACGAGCUUGCAAACUCCUCGCGCUUGUGAUCCGGCCUCCUCUCCACCCUCAAGAAUGAUUCUGGAAUCAACCUGAGGCUAUAACCUGGCCUGGACUAAACGGUCGUGCUUAGAGCCACAGCCUGAGGUUGCUUUUAAGACAGAUUUAUGAACAAAGACCUAGCACACACUCAAACUGAACUAUGGGUGAAUUCUUUGAAGCCUGGGACACAAGUUCAGAUAUAAACAAGCUCUAUAUAAGGGCUUCCUCAUCCUGUAUUCUGCUGGAUGUAGACUGCUGCUGCUAAAGGGAUGGGGAUGAAAACACUCCUUGUAGGAAGUAAGAAUGAAAGAAAGAAACUGGAACACUACCUCUCACAAUGAGCAGGAACUUGUGUGUGUGUGUGUGUGUGUGUGAGUGAAGUUGGAUGUCAAAGAACUAUGCACUGUGUACCUGGAGCUCUUUGUUCCUUUACAGUCAGUCACCGUAACUGCAUCGAGUUUAAUGUUUAAUUUAUUUUGGUAUUUUAUUGUUUUUCGUUUUGAGACCUGGGUCACAGCACUGAGUGGUUCAGGGAAGGAUAUCAUGUUCCACUCUUCACUUUUUACCCCAAAUGUAAUUUGACAUGCUUGAUCUCACCCAAAAUCUUUUUCAUUAUUACAUGCCCAGAUCUUCAAAUAUUUGCUUCACACAGCAUUGUUAAGCCUAAAGAGGAUUCCAUUAUCAUCAGCAUCUGGCCUGUUCAUAAUUAUUGGCUCUUAUACUCUUUCAUACUGCAUUUUAAAACCAUGCGAGUGAGCUGGAUGGUCAGGGUUUGUACGCUUGUGUGUCGUUUACUGAAGAUCUAGAUGUAGUUCUGGGAGAUUUAUGGAAAAGAUUGUGGUGAGAUUGACCUCCAUUACUUCUGAUCUAUUACUUUCAGAAGUAAAUAUCACCAUGCAUUUGGGGUACAUGGAAUGUUUUGUACAUUUGAACUAUUUUUCUAUGUAACAGAAGAGAUGAGUCGCCCCCUGGUGGAACUUAUCUUUUCAACGCAGGCUUUGUUUUAUUUAGUGACCACAGAAUUCACUUUCACGUGGAAAACAGCUUUUACAGCACAAGGAGCCACAUGGUGUAUCUGCGCAUUGUCUGUUUGAGAGAGACUGUGUGUGUGUGUGAUGCAGAUGGUGUGAUAUUUUAUUUAUGAAGUACAUGUUAUGAAUGUAUGUGUGUGAGAGAGUCAUAAUCAUGUGACUAACACAGAACGAGUCCUUCCUGUCCAUUGGGCUCCACAUGUCAACUACUUGUGGCUUUUUAAAAGCCAGAUAGAUGUACAUAGAUAAAUAAAUUAACCAAUUUGACCACAACAAGCAUAUUCAGCUCUUU